AUGUCUAAUGGUGGACUUCCCACGUACGAGGCCGUCAUGCAAAACGUGAGGAGCUAUACCUUUGAGUUUGGGCAAACCGCGCAAGCUGAGAAACUGCUCCUUCGAGCUCCCUUUCAGAGUACCCUAGACAUCAACGUCAGAGAGAGCCAGGACCCGCUUGACUUUUCGUUCUUUUCAAAGGAAGAGAAUGAGAAGCUUACGCUCGAGAUUGCCAAACUUUUGUCCUCUGAUCAAGGUAAAGCAAUCAUUCGGGACGUGCCUCAUAAGAUCAACAAGGAUAUCAAGAGUAUCCGCGACAUGUUCUUCACCAUAUGGAGGCGCCUCAAGGAUUUAGACGACAAAGGUCAGAGCAGCGCAAAGUUUGGGUAA